GAGAGAGAGAGAGAGGGAGAGAGGGUGUUAACCGUUUGAAGGAGGAGCAUGUUUUGUAGCUCCACGCCGCCUAACAGAUCACCACAGUUUGUAAGGAGAGUCACACAUCUGAAGAAGUGCGCGGCCAUUUUUACGUUCCUACUGGACUCCAGCUGACGCUGACAGUUACAGGAGGAAGUUUGUGUGUGUGAGGGAAUAUACUUCAUCCAGGUGUGCGAGGGGAUGUACAAGAUGACCACAGAACUUCACAGAGAGAGACACAGAAGAUCUGGGAGACUCUCCUCUUCCUCUUCUUCAUCCUCUACAUCUUCCAGCGGCCUGAUGGCUCCGAGAGUUGCCACAGUGAUGCUGACCAGCCAGAGACGCCACACGCAAAGGCUAGCACCGCCAACCCAUGGGCACAGGAGACGACAUACAGGUAGUGCUGAACCGAAGGUUGGAACAAUGCCAGAUUCACCAGCUGAUGUCAAAACACAGCCCAGGUCGACUCCGCCCACAAUGCCACCUCCACCACCUGCCGUAAGCCAGGCAGCCAAUCGCAACGCUUCGUUCACCCCAACUACCAUGUUGAACGGCAGCAGUCACUCUCCCACCGCGCUGAACGGAGCUCCGUCCACCCCGAAUGGUUUCAGUAACGGUCCGGCCAGCUCGUCCACCGGCUCUCUGCCCACUCAGCAGCUGCCCCCGGCCUGCGGCGCCCGGCAGCUCUGCAAACUCAAGCGCUUCCUGACCACACUGCAGCAGUUCGGCAACGACAUCUCGCCCGAAAUCGGAGAGCGCGUCCGCAGCCUGGUGCUCGGCCUGGUGAACUCCACUCUCACUAUAGAAGAAUUCCACUCCAAACUUCAGGAGGCCACCAACUUCCCUCUGCGCCCCUUCGUCAUUCCGUUCCUCAAGGCUAAUCUGCCCCUGCUGCAGAGGGAGUUGCUACACUGUGCUCGGAUGGCUAAACAGACUCCAGCUCAGUAUUUAGCUCAGCAUGAGCAGCUGCUGCUGGACGCUAACGCUAGCUCACCACUGGACUCUUCAGAAAUACUGCUGGAGCUCAACGAACAUGGCAAGAGACGCACUCCAGACAGGACCAAAGAUGCGGGAGCUGAAAGGGACGGCCUGCAUGCGGAGCAUCUGGCCAAGCGACCAUGUACGGUCAGCCCCAGCCAGCGCUUCAGCCCCAGCAGCGGCCUGGCCGCUCACGCGCCGCCCAACGGCCUGCCCACGCACCCCCCCAACGGCCUGCACCCGAACCCACCCGGCCCUCAGCAGUACCGGCUGGAGGACAUGGCCCUGGCUCAUCACUACAGAGACGCCUACAGACACAUGGAGCACAGGGAGGCACGAGAGCGCCACCGCCAGACAGCUGUGCAUGGAGCGCGUCAGGAGGAGGUGAUCGAUCACCGGCUCACUGACCGCGAGUGGGCCGAGGAGUGGAAGCACCUGGAUAACUUGUUGAACUGCAUUAUGGACAUGGUGGAGAAGACGCGGCGCUCGCUGACCGUCCUGCGCCGCUGUCAGGAGGCCGACCGCGAGGAGAUGAACCACUGGAUUCGUCGCUAUAGCGAUGUGGAGGAUAUGAAAAAAGGUGGGGGCUCCGCCCAGCGGCCGGUUCAUCAUCAACACAAGCCUUCAUCCCCCUCCAACAGCACUAACGGCAGCGAGCCGCAGCACAUAGAUAUCCACCGAGACUUCCUCCACCGGCCGCCGUCCGGUUACUUGCCUGAGGAGAUCUGGAGAAAAGCAGGUGCCCCCAGCAUCCCGCUCUCCCCAGCACUAAAGCAGCUCCACAGCAAGCAGGAGGAGGCAGUGAACGAGGUGAAGAGGCAGGCUAUGUCGGAGCUGCAGAAGGCUGUGAGCGAGGCGGAGAGGAAAGCUCAUGAGAUGAUUUCGGCCGAACGCUCGAAGAUGGAGAGAGCCCUGGCCGAGGCAAAGAGACAGGCUUCAGAGGACGCACUGUCUGUCAUUAACCAGCAGGAGGACUCCAGUGAGAGCUGCUGGAACUGCGGCCGCAAAGCCAGCGAAACCUGCAGCGGCUGCAACACGGCGCGCUACUGCGGCUCUUUCUGCCAGCACAAGGACUGGGAGAAGCACCACCACGUGUGCGGCCAGGGUCUGCAGGGUCUGCCUGGGAGCAGCAGCGGCGUCCCUCUGGGGGCAGGGACGCCUUCCUCUUCCUCCACAUCCACUUCCUCUUCUUCCUCGUCCGCCAGCAUCCCACCCACGCACUCCGAAAGCAACCCCUCCGGACCCCUGAGCCUGGCCGGAGCAGCCAACAGCCCAAAGGACGCCAGCUCCAGCUCCAGCAGUGCCUCGCGCUCCACGACCCCCGCCACGCCGGCCCUGCUGGACUCCUCGUCGCGCUGA